UUAAGAAAUGCGCCGAAACUGAAGGACAAAUGCUAUAAAAUGGAGAUGGAUUUAGAAAAAAAUGAAGGAGCUGCUUAAGAAACAGGCAAUCGCAGCGGAUUAGGGUUUAGUCUUCGCCGGAGCAUUUUUCUCUUCUACUCAGGAUGUUUCGGAGAUAGAAUGACUGUGCAUAGCGCUUGAUUUGGUUGGAAUAGCUUCAUAAUAUUGCAGUACAAUAGUGGUUGUGGUUAACUAGAUUUUGUGAUAGCUAUGACGUGGCUUCGGGCGGGCACUAAUGUGGCAAGGCUUGCUGUUAGAAGGACUUUAUCUCAAACUGGUUCUUAUGUAGCUCGAGCAGGGGCUCCUGAACGGAGUCGAUAUUUCCAUGCUACUGUUUUCAGAUCAAAGGCUCAAUCUGCGCCUGUUCCUCGCCCGGUGCCUCUCUCCAGAUUGAGUGACAGCUUUCUAGAUGGAACGAGUAGUGUUUAUCUUGAGGAGUUACAGAGAGCCUGGGAGCAAGAUCCCAAUAGCGUCGAUGAAUCAUGGGACAAUUUUUUCAGAAACUUUGUCGGCCAGGCCGCGACAUCUCCUGGCCUUUCUGGCCAAACAAUUCAAGAGAGUAUGCGGCUGUUGUUGCUAGUGAGAGCUUACCAGGUUUAUGGUCACCUGAAAGCCAAGAUAGAUCCAUUGGGUUUGGAAGAGAGAUCGAUUCCUGAUGAUCUAGAUCCAGCACUUUAUGGUUUUACAGAAGCUGAUCUUGACAGAGAGUUCUUCAUUGGUGUAUGGAGAAUGGCAGGGUUUUUGUCGGAGAACCGCCCCGUGCAAACCUUAAGGGCGAUAUUGAAAAGACUAGAACAAGCUUAUUGUGGAAGUAUAGGCUACGAGUACAUGCAUAUUGCUGAUCGUGAAAAGUGUAAUUGGUUGAGAGACAAAAUUGAGACUCCUACGCCUACACAAUAUAAUCGACAACGACGUGAGGUGAUCCUUGACAGGCUCAUCUGGAGUACCCAAUUUGAGAACUUUUUGGCUGCCAAGUGGACUGCAGCAAAAAGGUUUGGGCUUGAAGGUUGUGAGACAUUGAUUCCUGGUAUGAAGGAAAUGUUUGAUAGGUCAGCAGAUCUUGGAGUGGAGAGCAUUGUGAUUGGAAUGUCGCAUAGAGGAAGAUUAAAUGUUCUGGGUAAUGUUGUUCGAAAACCUCUGCGGCAGAUCUUCAGCGAGUUUAGUAGUGGUAUAAAGCCUGUGGAUGAAGUUGGACUAUACACUGGGACUGGUGAUGUCAAAUAUCAUCUUGGAACUUCUUAUGAUCGCCCGACAAGGGGUGGUAAGAGAAUUCACUUGUCAUUAGUUGCAAAUCCUAGCCACUUGGAAGCAGUGGACCCUGUUGUGGUUGGAAAGACUAGGGCCAAACAAUAUUUCUCUGAUGAUGUCGACAGAACAAAAAACAUGGGUAUUUUGAUUCAUGGUGACGGAAGCUUUGCUGGACAAGGGGUUGUCUACGAGACCUUGCAUCUUAGUGCUCUUCCAAAUUACACUACUGGUGGGACCAUUCACAUUGUAGUGAACAAUCAAGUGGCUUUCACUACUGACCCAAGAUCAGGAAGAUCCUCUCAAUACUGCACGGACGUUGCCAAAGCUCUUAGCACUCCUAUUUUUCAUGUCAACGGUGAUGAUGUGGAAGCCGUUGUUCAUGCCUGUGAACUUGCUGCUGAGUGGCGUCAGAAAUUUCACACUGAUGUUGUAGUUGAUAUUGUAUGCUACCGUCGAUUUGGGCACAAUGAAAUUGAUGAGCCAUCCUUUACUCAACCUAAAAUGUACAAGGUUAUAAGGAAUCAUCCUUCAGCACUUGAAAUUUACCAAAAGAAGCUUCUGGGAUCUGGCGAGGUUAAAAAAGAAGAUGUUGAUCGGAUAAAUAACAAAGUCGCAUCAAUUCUGAAUGAAGAAUUUAUUUCCAGCAAAGACUAUGUACCUCAAAGAAGGGACUGGCUUUCAGCGUACUGGACUGGGUUCAAGUCUCCUGAACAGCUUUCACGCAUUCGCAACACUGGGGUCAAACCAGAGAUUUUGAAGAAUGUUGGCGAGGCUAUCACCACCCUUCCAGAAAAUUUCAAACCCCAUAGAGCAGUUAAAAGGAUUUUUGAAGAUCGUGCAAAAAUGAUUGAGACAGGAGAGGGCAUUGACUGGGCAGUUGGUGAAGCCCUUGCAUUUGCAACAUUGCUUGUGGAGGGAAAUCAUGUUAGGUUGAGUGGGCAGGAUGUCGAGCGAGGUACUUUUAGCCAUAGGCAUUCUGUUGUUCAUGAUCAGGAAACAGGGGAAAAAUACUGCCCUCUAGAUCAUGUUAUGAUGAACCAACAUGAAGAGAUGUUUACUGUGAGCAACAGCUCUCUUUCCGAGUUUGGAGUUUUGGGGUUUGAAUUAGGCUAUUCAAUGGAAAAUCCAAAUUCUCUGGUACUAUGGGAAGCCCAGUUUGGUGAUUUUUCCAAUGGCGCCCAGGUGAUGUUUGACCAAUUUGUGAGCAGUGGAGAAGCCAAAUGGCUGCGUCAAACAGGAUUAGUUGUCCUUCUACCUCAUGGGUAUGAUGGGCAAGGUCCAGAACACUCAAGUGCUCGAUUAGAACGCUUCCUUCAGAUGAGUGAUGAUCAUCCCUUUGUCAUACCUGAGAUGGAAUCAACCCUCAGGAAACAGAUUCAGGAAUGCAACUGGCAGGUGGUGAAUGUGACUACACCUGCAAACUAUUUCCACGUUCUGCGGCGGCAAAUACAUAGAGAAUUCCGUAAACCUCUCAUUGUGAUGUCGCCAAAGAACUUGCUACGUCACAAGGACUGCAAAUCUAAUUUGUCAGAGUUUGAUGAUGUUCAAGGCCACUCAGGUUUUGACAAGCAAGGAACCAGAUUUAAACGCCUAAUCAAGGACCAAAGUGAUCACUCGGAUCUUGAGGAGGGCAUUAGACGUUUGGUUCUUUGCUCCGGAAAGAUCUACUAUGAGCUUGACGAAGAGAGGAAAAAGGUUGGUGCAAAGGACGUCGCAAUCUGUAGGGUGGAGCAGCUUUGCCCCUUCCCAUAUGACCUCGUCCAACGUGAGCUGAAGAGAUAUCCAAAUGCCGAAGUUGUCUGGUGCCAGGAAGAGCCAAUGAACAUGGGAGCAUACAGCUACAUAGCACCUCGUCUUGGCACUACAAUGAAAUCUGUGAGCAGAGGUAAUGUGGAUGACAUCAAGUACGUAGGACGUGCUCCGUCCGCUGCCACUGCCACCGGAUUUUACCAAGUCCACACGAAAGAGCAAACCGGAAUAGUCCAGAAAGCCGUGCAGCCUGAUCCCAUCAAUAUGUGAUAUUUAUGUGUUUGGACACCGAGUUCAAUGGAAAUAAGCUCACUCUCCGAAGUCGAUGUUGUCAUCGACGGAGGACUGUGAACUAAUGCCUUUCUUUACACUUUCACAUGCUAUUGACAUUUCUGUAAGAGAUGCGUUAGCUAACAACAGCAAUCGAUACACAGUUUUCUCAUUUUUUUCCCUUUUGCCAAUUGAAAAAAAGUGUUUCUUUCAUCGUUGGAUGAUCGAGGCUACAAGAGUUGAGAAUGUAUAAAACUGCCACUCUUAUUCGGCGGCGUAAAAACUACUCAAGUUACAAGUUUUGGUAUGUGUUCA